UUUUCUAGCUCGGACGCUUAUCAGCUCGCAGUUUUCUCCCCAAACCAUUAAAAAAAUGCGCUCAGUUGGUGCAAUUUCUUUGGCCUGUCUGUGCCUUAUUGCUGCUAUAUCGAUGGGUAAUGGCUACCCCCAGGAACUGGCAGAUCAAGUACAGGCCUAUACCAACACUUUGUUCGAUGAACUACCGGAGGAAUCAUAUCAAGCUGCGGAGGAAAACUAUCGUCUGAAGCGAGCCACCUGUGACCUACUAAGUGGAUUCGGCGUCGGAGAUAGUGCCUGUGCUGCGCAUUGUAUUGCCCGGCGGAAUCGAGGCGGUUACUGUAACUCAAAGAAGGUCUGUGUUUGCCGAAAUUGAUAGAACAAUCAGUUUCAUCGGUGUAUGAAGUACCUGUACGAUAAUAUGUUCCUACUUAGUUUUAUUUGAAAUUUCUUCAGUAAAAGUUAAAGAAAGUUAUGAAAAUAAAGCAAUACGGUUUUCUAUACAACCGGAAGUGUUAUAA